AAUACGGAUAACAUAUUUGAAUUGCUAUGCAGCAAGAAUGUUGUAUGUUCUUUUGUUCAUGGUGAAUAUUUGUUGUUGGAUCGGAUCAGCAUGGACUCAAAUGCCUCACAUGGACGUAUCCAUGUUGGAUUUGUGCAGAAAAAACUUGAUGAAGAUGAUGGAUGA